AUGAACACGGCCGACGUGGCGGCAGAAGUCAAGUGCUUGAAGCGGUUAAUCGGCAUGAGAUGCUCGAACGUCUAUGAUAUAUCUCCCAAGACGUAUAUGUUCAAGCUCUUGAAUAGUAAUGGCAUCACAGAAUCUGGAGAGAGUGAGAAGGUUUUGCUAUUGAUGGAAAGUGGUGUUCGUUUGCAUACUACAGCUUAUGUCCGGGAUAAGAGCAAUACUCCAUCUGGGUUUACUUUGAAGUUAAGAAAGCAUAUUCGUACAAGGAGGCUUGAGGAUGUACAUCAGCUUGGUUACGAUAGGAUCAUUGUCUUCCAGUUCGGGCUAGGUGUUAAUGCACACUAUGUUAUAUUGGAGCUAUACGCUCAAGGAAACAUAAUUCUUACGGAUUCCGAGUAUAUGAUCAUGACUCUUCUCCGGUCGCAUAGAGACGACAAUAAGGGUUUUGCAAUCAUGUCUCGCCACCGUUACCCGAUAGAGAUAUGUAGAGUCUUCGAGAGAACCACAGUUUCGAAGCUACAGGAAGCUCUGACUGCUUUCUCGCUUAAGGAUCUUGAAGCAAAAGAUGAUGAACCAAAGGAGCAGAAUGGUGGCAAGAAAGGUGGGAAGUCGAAUGAUUAUACGGGUGCCAAACAAUUUACCUUGAAGAAUAUUCUUGGGGACGCUUUGGGGUAUGGGCCACAGCUCUCAGAGCAUAUAAUUCUGGAUGCUGGUCUAGUUCCAAGUACCAAAGUUUCACAAGACAAGAAUCCUUGA